AUGCCUUCUCAAUCCGCCACGACUCCACCAACUCGUCAUACUCGCCCAACUAAUGCAACUGCGCAUCCUGAUGAAAAGGCAACACAAGCGGCAGCACAGGCAGCGGCUGUUGAGGCAGGCGCCAAGUGUGUGGCUGGUAUAGAGUUGGAGAUGGAAGCCAAGCAGAUUGAGACGUUGAUGAGGAAGGCAAAGGGAGUCUGUCCCCGUCCAACUCCUUACAAAGGCAAGAAGGCUGUAAAUGAUAUUGCAGCCUCAGCUGGUGGCAGUGGCAAUCUAGCUGAUGAGGAUGAGGUGCCGAUGGAUAUCGAUUGUGGUGAAAAUGACCAGGAUCCAUGUAGUGAGGUAAAGAAGAAGGUUACCAAAAUGUCGAUGAAAGAUGUUGUCAAUCGAGUGUGUGAUCAAAUCAAGUGGCAGGUGGCUGUUGAUGGAGAUAAGGCAGGUGCAUGUGCUGAUAAGAAAGGCAACUCACUUGGUACCAGCGUGGUGCAGAACUGGGCUUCUGGCAUCAAAACCCAAAUCGGGUCUCAAAACUUGGACACAAGUCAUGUGACUCACACUUCAGCAUCACCUCCACCUUCGACGAUUUUCUCUCGCCUUACAAGCUCUUCUAGGACCACUCAUAGUGUGAUUCCGGCUGACAUUCCUAAGGGUCCUCUUGAAGCUUGUGUACCUGACGAUGCACUUGUUGAAGGUUUUACUGACAGUGAGGAUGAGGGUGAUGAAUUGGAGCGCCUGGCUGCACAUGGAAUAACUGCCAAGGAAGGGAGAUCAGCUUCAGCAGUGGCAGUUACUCUCACAGUUGACAGCUCUGAUGAAGAGUUUGAGCUUCCGGCAGAGUUAUGUGCCCCAUUUACCCAGAUGUCACCAAAGGGUCCAUCCAGCACUGCUGCACCUAGCAGCAUUCUCAAACGGAAGGCUUCUGAAGAUCUUGACUUGGUCCCUGGGAGUGAAAUCAAAGACUUUUCAGAUGAUGCACCUCCAAAGUCCCGGGAGGUCGAUCAGAAGCACACACCAAA